ACGUGACGUGAGCUACAGCAGAGUUGCAGACAGGGUGAAGAGGAGCUGCAGAUGUGAGCGUGUAAAGAAGAAGACGAGCAGUGUAAAUGUGGAGGAACGCUUCAUCCUUCAGGUGUUAACAGGGCCGGACCUUCAGGUGAUGGAGGCUGUGCAAACAUCAGGAGGCCUCUGCUCCGGGAGCCUCGGGGGCAUCUUCACCACGUGAUGUGGUGCAUCAGGGUGGAUGUGUGAGGUUUAAAAGGAGGCGACGUCCCAGCAGAGGUUCACUCUCCGCUCAGAGGCGACGACCAACCGACCCUCAGUCAUGUCCUCCUCCUCCACCCGCAGCAGCUACUUGUCCUCCUCCAUGAGGAGCUCCACCAUGUUGGGCUCCUCCAUGUACUCCUCCUCCUCUCCUCGCCGUGGCAUCAGCAUGGGCUCAGGCAGCGUGUACGGAGGAGCCGGAGGGUCUGGAGUUCGUAUCUCUAAGUCCUCCUCCUCCUCCUCCAGUGCUGGAGUGGACAGCAUGACUAACCUCUUGAACGUCAUCGACAUCUCCACCAGCGAGAAGUCCACCAUGAAGAACCUGAACGACCGCCUGGCCUCCUACCUGGAGAAGGUCCGCAGCCUGGAGAAGGCCAACUGCGACCUGGAGCUGAAGAUCCUACAGUACCUGGAGAGCAGAGCGACACCUGAGGCCAACGACUACUGUGCCUUCUACGCCCGUGUCAAAGACAUGCAGGACCAGAUCAACGCUGCUGCUCGAGGAAACGCCGCCCUCAUCCUCGCCAUCGACAACGCCAAGCUCGCCACCGACGACUUCAAAGUGAAGUACGAGAACGAGCUGGCCAUGCGUCAGUCAGUGGACGGUGACAUCGCAGCGCUGAAGAGGGUUCUGGAGGAGCUGACCAUGACCCGGGCCGACCUGGAGCUGCAGGUGGAGAGUCUGAAGGACGAGCUGGUCCACAUCAAGAAGAACCACGAGGAGGAGCUGCUGGCUCUGAGGGCCAUGAUGGGAGGUCAGGUGCACGUGGAGGUGGACGCCGCUCCUCAGGAGGACCUCUGCAAGAUCUUGGAGGAGGUCAGAGAACAUUAUGAAGGCCUCACCAGCAAGAACCGCAAAGACGUGGAGGCCUGGUUCCAGGCCAAGUCGGCUGAGCUGAACAAAGAGGUGGCUGUGAGCACGGAGACCCUGCAGACGUCCAAGUCCGAGAUCGGAGAGCUCAGACGAACUCUUCAGACUCUGGAGAUCAAACUGCAGGCUCAGAUCAGCAAGAAAGCAGCUGUGGAGGGAACUCUGGCUGAGACCAAGACCUUUUACGCCAACAUGCUGGCAGGUUACCAGAUGCAGGUCGAAGCUCUGGAGGAUCAGCUGGCUCAGCUGAGAGCCGACCUGGAGAACCAGAGGUUGCUGUUCAAUGAACUGCUGGACAUCAAGACCAGGCUGGAGAUGGAGAUCGCCGAGUACAGGAGGCUGCUGGACGGAGACACCGAGAGCCGCUCCGUGACCACCACCACCAAGACCACCAGGGUGGUGACCAUCGUGCAGGAAGUGGACGCCUCUGGAAACGUGGUGACCAGCAGCUCCAGUUAGUCCAGAAACAAAAAGAUGGACUGUGAACUGAGUCUGUGUGCAGAUUGUCAAUAAAAUGAAGUCUGACGUCA